AUGGCUCGUCAACGUUCCAAUGUAGAGGCGGAUAGUGUUCGAGCCCCAGCUGCACAAAAGUCACAUGUUGUGUCCGAGACGACGCCGCUGCUGCAAGGCAGCGAAACAGAAAGCGCAACCGAGUAUGACUUCGGCACGGAAUGGAAGAAAGCUAAGGACUUUCUGCUGGUUGAGAUCGGUCAGUACAACCCCCAGCCUGCCAGCAUGUAUUGCAGCGUGAUUGCCACGUUGAACUAA